AUGUUCUCUUGUUUCUGGCGUUCAAGUGGCGCUGACCACAAAAAAGCUAAGAGUGGUCGCCUUGGCCACAUUUGGAGACGUUGGAUACGCCCUCUGACACACUGCUGGCGCGUAUCCCCCAGGGAUCCUGAGGUCUGUCCUCAGAAUAAAAAGAAGACAGACUCUCUGCCCAAGCCCCCCAGGUUCAACUAUAGAACCACAGAAUAUAUUGAACAAAUGGUAGAGUAUUUACCAACUGCAGUUCGGUACAACGACCACCUCUCGAUCAGCAUUUUUCUUACUGUUUACCACAAGUAUGUUACCACCUGGGAGGUGCUGGACCUGAUAAUGACAAUGUAUGCAUCCUUCCAGCCUGACUCACUGGAGGACCAGCAAACAAAGAGCGACAUAUUCAGUUUUCUAUCCCGCUGGUUUGAGAAAUUUCCUGAUAGUUUUAGUAAGGACCCAGACAUGGCCGUCGUCAGGCGAUUAAUGACCUACGUGAAGCUCAAUGUGCCUUCUGAAGAAGUACAUGCCCGAGCCACGGAGCUGCUCUCAGUUCUGGAGGAGGAGGAGGCCAAAAAGCUAAACCUUGAGAAAGUGGUACAAUCUACUCUUGUCUACCUGUAG